UGGCAAAAGAAAGAAAAUUAUUUGGAGUUCUUUUCUUUGCAGGAAGAGACAUCAAAACUCAUAUGCCUUAUACCUGAACUGAGUUAUAUGACUGGGCUCACGGAUGAAAUGAGAUCGGAUUUCAAAGUUAUGAAGGAUAUUGCCGUACACACUCGAGUCACACCAAACCAAAGACAGGCAGCUCUGCAUCAGUUUAUAAACAAUAUUAACUCCAAUUCUGAGGCAAAACAAAUGCUUGCGGAUUGGGGAGUGAGCGUGCAGUCUGGAAUUGUUGCUGUUGGUGGACGAUUAUUACCUUCAGAAAAACUCCUGAUGAAGAAUAAAUCUUUCUACACUAGUCCUGAAGCUGACUGGGGAAGAAAUAUAACACAAGAUGCUGUUAUAAGUGCUGUUCAUCUGAAUAACUGGUUAGUUAUUGUCAGCAAACGAGAUGGAAGCAAAGCCAAUGACUUUAUUACCAUGAUGAAAAAGGUGUGUCCUUCAAUGGGAAUCAACAUUAGUGAACCAGUGCGUUUCAUUCUCAGAGAUGACCGGACUGAAUCUUACCUACGUGCACUGAGGGAUAAUGUUAACCAACAGGUUCAAGUUGUGGUGAUAAUCUUUCCAACAUCUCGAGACGACAGGUACAGUGCAGUUAAAAAACUUUGUUGUAUCGAUAUGCCAGUUCCUUCCCAGGUGAUUAAUGCAAGGACGAUAUCCAAUCACCAGAAACUAAGAAGCGUUACACAGAAAGUUGCACUUCAGAUCAACUGUAAAUUAGGAGGAGAGCUUUGGGCCUUAGAAAUACCGAUUCAUAAACGAACAAUGGUGUGUGGUAUUGAUGUUUACCAUGACAUGUCCAGAGGAGGAAGAUCAGUGCUUGGUUUUGUGUCAAGCUUAAAUCAGUCUUUUACAAGGUGGUUCAGUAGACCGGCUUUUCAGCAGUCGGGGCAAGAACUCAUCGAUUGCCUGAAGCUAGCCUUUUUGGGUGCUCUCCGAAAAUAUUAUGAGGUAUGUACACUUUUCAGUAUCUGAGAUUUUCAUUUUUC